AUAAACAUCAAAAGAAAUUUACAAGUGCAACAAUGUGACCUGAUACUUAGAAAUAGCAAAAAAAUAUGUAAAAAUAAGAAAAACACAAUGGCUUGCGAGGUGUGCGAACAUUGCAACUCUUCUAUAAACGAACGUGCCGCCAUCUAUCAAGGCUGUAGUUAUCACGAAAAAUGCAGGAAAUGCUAUGUGUGCAGUGAAACCGAUUUGCAUGGUGCAGAGGUGUUUAGAGGUGUCAUAUUUUGCUCUAGCUGCUCAAAGAGGAUAUUUCAAGGUUGCUACUCAGCAAGAAAAUCUAAGAAUAAACCUAGAAGAAAAUCGAGACCUAACAAAACUCGACGACACGAAAACGUCAUUGAGAUUGCCAGACGACAUAUUAACGAAAGUCGGAGUGAUUCUGACUAUGAGGAAUAUAGCAAGUCAACGAAGACAAUACCACAACAAAAUGUGGAAAAUAAACAAAUUAAUAUGAAAAAGAACAGUGCUGAAAUGGGAACAACAACGGACGUAACUCAAGAACUAUUAAAACAAAUGCAUUACCCGACCUUAGAGAAAGAGGAGCAAGCCGCAACAUCCGUAAAGCCGAAAAAGUCUAGAAAUAAGGAACGACAUCGUACUAAGAAGAUUUGCAGCGAUCUACGAAUUGCAGAACUUGGAACCUCUACGGAGAUUGCUCACAUGGCGUUGAGACAACGAUCAGCUGUUCCUAUAAUUAUCAAAUCAGAGACCCACAUGAGAAGAAGCGAAUCCAAGAGUCUAUGCUUACUUGAACGAGACUCAGGUCCAACAAUAACUGAGUCUGAUUAUAGUUCAAAAAACUUGCAAAACAUACAUUGGCUGGACCGCCGUUUUGGGAGCAUUUUAAAAAUCCCUUAUAUUUAUUUCAGGAAAAAUAUCUUGGAUCGAAGUUCUCUGGUGAGCAUGCUCAUGUGCAGCGAUAGAAAGUCCAGCCGUUUGUUUACCAAACUCAAAACAGUAUUUAAUGAAGAAAUCACCAGGCAUCAAAAGCGUGGCUUAAAGAAAUUGUUUUCGACGAUAAAUAGAAAAAAUAUUCCGUAUAAGUUAGGAUGGUUGCCUGUUAGGAACGCUUGCCAACGAAAACCAAGAUAUAGAUGCAAACAUUACAAAAAAUCUCAUAGCUAUCGGUGUAUGCGUGCUCAGGCGAUGCGUUUGGCUGGACCAACUGCUAGCGAAUUGGGGGCUUACCGCUCGAAGAUGAAAAAAGUUCUUCCUAAAAAUGCAUUAAAACGUGUGGUAAGCUAUAAUCGUCACUACGAAACAAUGUUGAUGAUGCAAGCCGGUAACUUAAAUCCACAUAGAACCACUAUUAGAUCCAUAAAAAUGUAAAACGGGAAUAUAUAUGUUUGGAAAUA